UUUCUGUCGAUGGUGAUACCUCCAAUGGAACGAAAUGGCGGUGGGCAGAUAGUUGUGAUGUCUUCGAUUUUGAGCUUUAAUCCGUUUCCGUAUUUAGGUGCUUAUUGUGCCGCGAAGACGGUGAUGACGUUUUUGUGUGAGACAAUCGACUGGGAAUGGCCGACGAUCAAGGUGCAGUGUCUGACGCCUUCGGUGGUGGCCACGAAUAUGACUUUUUAUAAGGAGAGGUCGAUUCUGGUGAAUACCGUGCAGAAUUUUGCGAGACAGGCCGUGGGCACGUUGGGCUUAGUUAACUGCACCACUGGCUCGUUUCUGCAUGAAAUGCAUGUAAGUUCUGAUUUGGUAGUGUUAUUGCGAUUGUUAUUAUUGAUCCGAUCUGAUCUGAUGUGA